AUGGAGCUGUGCUUGUGGAUGUACGCAGCUCGGGCGAGUGCUGAGGGGCACAAGGGGGCUGUCUUGAGGGAGCAAAUGGUGGAAGUGUUAAAAAGCGACGUGUCUCAACGACUUGUCGUCUUAAAAUCGGAAAAUCCCGAUUUUGCGAAUGUAGAUGUGGAUGAGUUGUUUAAGGGGGUACGUCAGACUUUGCUAGACUAUGAUGAAGCCCUACAUGGUGAUGAUGCGGUCCUGGCGGGUAUUUUGUGGACGAAGUUUUACCACACGCGAGAGAUCAGUGACAAUUAUUUGCGUACUUUGUUGAAACUGGUGAAGAAAAUUAAGUUGUAUGUUAAGGGCAAGCCAGAGCCCUUUAACACUUUCACACUGCAACCGAAGUAUAUUGUGAUGUUGAAUUAA